CGUGGGCGUGACGCUUAAGAAGCAGAGCGGCUGCUCCUCAGGGGUGCUUGUGCCCUGAGGUCUCGGCGGCGCCGAGGCGGCGGCCGCUCAGCUGGGGAAAGAGAGGGAUGCUGCGGCCGCCACCCAAGCGCCUCGGGAAGUUACUGAGCCGCACCAUGAACCACUGCGAGGCCGAUCCGCGCGCCGUCGGGAAGCGGGUCCUGGUGGCAGGGCUAGGGAAUUAUGGGCUGCAAGGAACCCGUCAUAACGUGGGCAUGGCGGUGCUCAAUCAGCUGGCCCAGAAGUUGAACAUCGCUGACCAGUGGAAAGCAGACAGACGCUGCUGCGCAGAUGUGACCAUCACCAAUGUGGAGGAAGCAGAGCUGGUGCUGAUGAAACCUCGGCGGCUCAUGAACAUCAAUGGACUCAGUGUAGCAAGCGCUGCUGAAACUUACAACCUCGGGGUAGAAGACAUUUACCUCGUUCACGACGACCUGGAGAAGCCGCUGGGGAAGAUGGCGAUAAAGUUGGGAGGCAGCGCAAGGGGGCAUAACGGGGUCCGUUCCUGUAUCAGCUCCCUGCACUCAGAUUGCAUGGUGCGGCUCAGGGUUGGCAUCGGCCGGCCAGUGGGGGAAGCCAUGGUGGAUCACUACGUGCUGGGCCGGUUCGCCAGCGCUGAGCACGAGGUCCUGCAGCGCGUCCUGGAGCAGGCGGCCGACCUGCUGCUGGAACACAUCCUGCAGAGGAGCAGUGGCAAGGACCACACGCCCCCUGGCAACAAGGGGGACAGGACCCCUCAUUAACCCUUUGAGCUGGGGGAGUUUUUAUGAAUAUGGUGCCGACGGAAAGCAGUGGUCCUGGACUCCUUCAUGGGCCUCUGGGCACAGCUGCCAGGGUGGGCUGGGGGAGCUAAGCAAAGAGCACUGACCCCACAAGUUGUGCUGUGUGGGGGUAGGUGCCAAGGGAAGCUCCUGGCAAUGAAACUGGUAGGGGAGGUGGCGGACUGCCAGGCAGGUGCUAUUCCUGCACCCCCCAUGUCAGGUGACAGGCUUCUCCUCCCAACUCCAUUAGCGCUGGCAAAGGCAGCCCGGUAGAUGGCCUGGCUCCGCAUGGCCAAGUGCCCAUGCCUGGCACUUCAGCACCCUGCAAUGUGGGGAGUAAGGAGGACCCCAAGAGAGACUCCAAGCCCCAGCCAGGCUCCACCCUAGACCCCAGCUAGGCUUGUCAUGUUCAGGGGCGCCUGCCUCCUUGCCCAGCGUGGGACCACUCAGUCCCAGCAGCACCUUGUCCCUGCCCCUGCAGAACAGGUCUGGGACUUGGUGGUUGUGCCCAGUCUCAGCUUUGCCUUGUUUGUCCUUGGUUCCCAGCCAGACAUCUCAGUAACUCCAGACGUUUUAUAGGGCAGUUCUGCAUAGACUGUACAAUAAACCCAGACACCCAGUCUGCACACACUUUGCCAUC